AGUAUUUUAUACCGUACUCUAUCUUAUUUUACAUUAUAAUUUGUAUUUUGCAUCAUACAUCCUUCCUACAACAUACAAAAGUUCACAAAAAUGAACUCUUACUGGGAUCUUGGUGAAAAAGAAGAGGAAGAAGCAUCAUUUGUUGCUCUUUCUCUACUUAGUGAUAAUGUCAAGUUCGAAGUAUUGAAAGCCGUGAAUGACCUCGACGUGCUCGAGACCAUCAAGAAAUGUGGUCCUCGAGCACACCUUUCAGCGGCUGAGAUUGUGGCUAAGUUGCCCACCAAGAACCCUGAGGUUGCAGCGGUUAACCUAGGUCGCUUGCUCGACUACUUAGUUAGUCACUCCAUCAUUACCGUCUCUCCUAUUACCCUCCCGAGGGGGAGGGUAGAGAGACGGUAUGGCCUUGCACCUGUUUGUAAAUUUUUGACGUCGAAUGAGGAUGGUGUUUCUUUGAGUCCUUUUACAAAUACGUUGCUAUAUAAAGCUUUGAAACAGAGCUGCCUAUCUUUAAAAGAUGCAGUUCUUGAAGGUGAAGAGCCAUUCACAAAGGCUCAUGGAAUGAGUAUGUAUGAGUACAUUGGCAAAAAUCCUGAGUAUCUCGCAGGGUUCCAUAAGGCAAUGUCCGAUCAUUCUACCCUUAUUAUGCGCAAAAUUUUAAGGACGUACAAGGGUUUCGAGGGUCUAUCAUCGUUGAUCGAUGUCGGUGGGGGUAAUGGAGCUACACUCAACAUGAUCCUUUCUCAGUAUCCAGCUAUCAAAGGGAUUAACUUCGAUCAACCUCAUGUCGUAGCAGAUGCAUUAUCUAAUCCUGAUGUGGAACACGUUGGAGGAGAUAUGUUUGUCGAUAUUCCCAAAGGCGAUGCCAUCUUUCUCAAGUGGAUAUUGCAUUGUUUUGGUGACGAGGCAUGUAUGAAGAUCCUAAAGAAUUGUUACAAUGCCCUUCCAGACCAUGGCAAGGUUAUAGUUUGUGAAUACAUCCUUCCUAAUCCAGACGAAACAUCCAACGACAUAGCUGCUAAUUCCGUCGUUCAAUUCGACAUAAUGAUGAUGGUUUUGCCUGGAGGGAAAGAAAGGACUGAGAAUGAGUUCAAGGAGUUAGCGUUUGCUGCUGGAUUUCAAGGCUUCCAAGUGGUUUGCUCUGCCUAUAAUGUGAAGAUCAUUGAGUUGCUUAAGAGAAAUUAGGUCACGGUCAUAUUGUUACUUGGUCAUUAUAAUUUCUUAAAUUACAUCGUCACAUUUAUUGGUUGAGGUUACUAGUUACUACGAAGUACUGUAUAUUGUUUGCAAUUUCGUUCACUUUGAUAUAUAAUGUGUUUUGUUCAGUUUGUUUUAAGAAAUACUUGUAAAAUGUUUAAGUUGAAUGAUAUAGUAUGUUAAAUAUAGUACUUACUUUCCAU